AUGUCACUGAAAGUUACCCAUCCUCGAAAACUACCACAAUCAAGUCGCGGUUCCUCAAUUUUUACUUACAACGUCUCCUCGUCGUUGCAAUCGUCCGUCUCAUCCCGUUCGAGUGAUAACUCUAGUCGCAAUCUUACGAUAUCUUUCCCAGUUCGACCAAAUAAACCAACCCCAACAUAUCACUUUCAAUCGAUAGCCACCGACAGCCGUAAGGCAGGGCGUCCGGUGACAAGACGCAGAAAUUUGCAUGAGGAGUCGUCUAUUGAGCAGAGGUUGGAUAUUAUCUGGAGAUUCUUUCUGGCCUUUGUGCUUGAGUUGAUGGGAGUAUGGUUUAUGUUCAUAAUGGCGCCUUACAGAUUCUCGGUGACGACCUUUCGGACUGUUGGGAAAUUGAUUGCCGUCGGGCCGGUGCUAAGCGUGUGA